GGGAAAGCAACUGAUCAUUAGAGGAGGAUUUGUAAAUGGCGAAAAGGCAGUCAGCAUCACUCGGUCAUGUCCCAUUGAAGCUGUUGAGAAUCUAAAGUCGAAUCACGAGGAGGCGGAUACACGGAUGAUCUUGCAUGCUGCCCUUACUGUGCAACAGUCGCCUGCCGCAAUAAUAGUGGUACAGUCACCUGAUACAGACGUCCUCAUUCUCUGUAUAGCCCACUUUACCAAUAUCGCUUGUGAAGAAUCAUGGUUCCGCAAAGGUGUCAGAGACCUUCAACGUUAUAUCCCAGUGCACACUAUCCAACGAAGCCUAGGAGAUAGAAUCUGUCAGUCUCUGCCAGCAUUCCAUGCCCUCACUGGGUGUGACUCAACGAGCAGCAUAGCCGGAAUCGGAAAGAAAAAAGCUUGGAAGGUCCUUAAACAAAGCACUGCGCACCAGAAGACUCUUGGUUUGUUUGGUUGGCAGCAAGACUUGAAUGAGAUGACGGUAACUAGUACCGAAGCUUUCAUUUGUCACCUAUAUCCUGUUACAAGAAGGAGCACCAGCACCACAGAUGAGUUACGAUACUUGAUGUUCUGCCAGCGAAACACCAAUAACGAAAUGCUGCCACCAACGUCAGACUGCUUAAAGCUGCACCUGAAUCGAUCAUGCCACGUGGUAUACAGCUAGAGAAGCUAGCUCGUUGGAAUGCAGGAUUUGGAGAGUCCCGAAGAGCACGGGUGGGAACUAGAAGACGGAUCCUUGAGAGUUGUGUACAUGACGAAGGAGCUUGCGCCGAGGAGCCUUGUGGAGCUAACUACCUGCAAGUGCGAGAAAUCUUACUGUCGAGGUAACUGCUCCUGUUCAAGUACAGGCCUCUCCUGCACUGAAGCAUGCUCGUGCAAGGCGGACGAAUCAUGUUGCAACCCGUAUGCUGCAGCUGUGCAACUCCCGAGUGACUCAGAGAAUGACUCAGAAGAUGACUUGGAAGGUGGUGAUGUAGAUUGAAUAAUGUUCACUUCACUAAGCAGGUCAGCGUAAAAGCAACGCAAAUGUAUCAAAGCAUACUUAACUAUAUCAACUCUUCUAUAUCCUUCAGUGUAUCAAUGUAUUAUUGUUUUUCUUUCACUUUCUUAGUGCAACAGAAAUGAACGGCAAAGAUGAAUUCUGUUUAAAGCUGUGUUACCGUACUGUCGCCGUGAAGAAAAACCGACAGGAAAGUUGUGAUAAUUGAAGGUCCUGCGCUCCCUUAGCGAGAAAGAGAACUUUUAAGUUAAAACAGUUAUCCCUUACACAUUUUGAUUAUCUUGUAAACAUUCUUGUAAUUUUGAUCAGUGACUAAUCCCAUAUAGCAAAUGUUCCCAGCCAAAGUCAUAUCAUAUCUAACAAAUAUUUAGGAGCGUAAAUCCGAAAAUAUCGAGAAUCGGCCGACAGAAGCGAAAUAACGAAUUUUUUCUUAUUUGGCCAAAAGAACCCUUUUGGCUAACUAUUUUCGGAAAUGACAUCAAAAGGUUCGAUUUCCUUUUCUUUUCUUCGAAAUUUGCAAAACUUGAAAAUUCGGCCACGGGGCCUUUAGCGGCGGCCAUGAGGCUUGAAAUUUGGCACAUGUUCAACAUGCUGGUAUGGACGUACCAAACGUUGUCUUAACAUGUCCUUUACACAGUUUGCGGGGCAUCUCUUAAAAUUUACUCCGGACUAAAUUUUGUUUAAAAAUGUUGUUUUUUACAAAAUAGUUAACCCUCGGAAGCUGAACCAUUUACGGACCUAAAGUGAUAAGGCUAAUAUUAGCAAACUUUGAACUUGUCAAAUGCUGUCUGUUAUAUUUCAGUCAAGUAAAUAAAUAUAACCAAAUAAAAGCAGGUUG